GUAUGUUUACAGAUGUAGGCGCGAGAAUCAGUUCUUUUCUACAAUUGACGAGAAAACAGGAAAAUGUGACUUUAUUUCAGAUAUACCAGCGUUUGCAUUUAUUACACAAGGCGCAUGAAUGAAAGUGCAGGACCCUUCAGAACGAAUUCCCAAAGAUGUGAGGCUUGUGAAAGUUAAAGAUGUCUUCUCAGAAAGAGACGAUGCAAGUGUUGCCCAUCUGGGAGCUGUCCAUCCCUCUCCCAGCAGUGCUGAUGAUCACUCUGAGUCUUUACAUGAUCGUCCUGGGGAUCGGCCUGUGGAUCCGAUACUGCCUCAAGGACCGUUGUUCUUCAGAGUGUGACGACUGCUGUCCAGACAUUUCCAUAUGCGAGCAGUGCUUUAGAUUUGCAGAAAUGUGUGACUGUCGCCUGCCAACCUUACGCUCGUGUCGGGCUGUUUCGUGCCCAUCUUCGUGCCCUUCUCCCUCUUGUGCCAGAUGGGACUGUGCCUGCACCUGUCAGCCUCCUGAGUGUGAGUCCUGCAACUGCCUCUGCUUCGAGAUCAGGAUCAAGUAGAAGGGGGUCGAGGUGCACUAAUGCCACCGCCAGCUGAUCGACUACAUGUACUUCAUAGUAAUUUUAAAAUGUAUGCCUUUAAUUGGAGUUUACAGUGGCAUGACAUUUCAUGGUCAGUACCUUGAACCUCCAGGACACUGGACAUGACUACUCCUUUUUGACUUUUACCUUCACAAAAGACUUAAGGUUUUUGUUACUGCUCCUUUUUUAUUUAUAAAUGUAACAAAACAGUAUUGAGUAAGAGUGGGCAAUAUGGAUAAAAACUGGAAAAUGAAUUGAGUUAGUGGAUGAAAUAACCUGUGGUGUCUUGAGGGGGUCCGGGGCUUUUCUCCUGAAGCUUUGGAGGUGUGGGUGCAGGAAAUGAAGACAAUUAAUCGUUACUUUCCAACUUAAACUCACUGUAUUCAGUCUUCUUUAAAGGGUCAACUUUUCUCUAUGAGACAGAGAUCAAACAAAACAAAAACAGGUUGGUGAAUCAAAACUCCAGUUCACUGUCAUCUAUAUAACAAAACUAAAAACUCUAUUCUUCUCUGCCUCUAUCUUACACUUGUCUUUUACAUAUAUUGACUCCCCCUCCCUUUUCAGCUCCCUCUCUUAUAGGACAAUCAGCUGAUCUGUUUCAGCUGGCUGCCUGCCUGCUGGUUUAUUGUGGGUCUUGUCGUCUUUUACUGGAUGCCAUGAUGGUUUGUAGUCCUUGCUGCAGCCACAGGGAGGGAAUGUAUCUCCGCUCUCAUGAUAUCACAAACCAGACAGAAAAUGUGAUUUGGAGGAUGUAGUCAAUUACAUACCUGACAAAUCAAGGUACUUCAUCAGUGUCAAAGUAAUGCUGAGUCUUCGGGAGGCAGAAAUUACAUUACACUUUUGGACUAGCUGGCAAAGAAAUCUGUAUGUUUAGAUAACACAGUAUAAACUGAAUGGCAAAUUCUCAAAUUUAAAAACGCCUCACAGUAUGUAAUGUCAUAUCAGCCAAGCUUGUUUUCUUAGGAGAAUUUCACUCACAAACAGCUUUUUUUAAAACUGUCACACAAUGUCAAAACUUUACAUAAAAUCUAAAAAGAAAAUCAUUAUCACUCAUAGCUCUGUGAGAGUGACCAACACCACCUGUCAUUUGAUUCUUCAUUUUGAGUAUAAAGGGCUUAUUUAGGGAAAUUUUUUUAUUUUAAAAAUGUGAAACAGUGAAAUUGACUACAAAAUACAUUUAGCAGGAGGAAAGUCCUACAAGGAUCAACAUGAGACCCAGUUUUGUUGAUCUCUCAGAUGUUGCUAGAAGUGCCUUCUGUGUUGUAUCUUUCCAGAAUGGUUAAGUUAAAGCUUGAGGCUGGUGUUAUUCGAUAUACUUCUUACCGAUGAUGAAUCUCAUAUUUAGACCAAAACCAAAUAUGUUUUAGUCUGUCUUCCAUUUCCUCUGCCUGUG